AUGAAGUUCUCCCUUGGUGCCGUUUUGGCUCUGGCAGCCACCGCCAUCGCUGGCCCUAUGGACAUCGAAGCUCGUGCCCUUAGUGAAGGAAACGAGCUCCGUGACGGAUCCUGCAAAGACAUCACGUUUAUCUUCGCCCGUGCCAGUACUGAGCCCGGCCUUCUGGGUAUUUCCGUCGGCCCUGCCAUCUGUAAUGCACUGAAGAGGGCUAAGCCCGGUAAGGUCGCUUGCCAGGGUGUUGGACCCAAGUAUACCGCAGAUCUACCAUCCAACGCUCUCCCUGGUAACACCUCUCCCGCUGCCAUUGCCGAGUCCAAGGGUCUGUUCGAGCAGGCUGCCUCCAAGUGCCCCGACACUCAAAUCCUUGCUGGUGGAUACAGUCAGGGCACUGCUGUUAUGGACGACUCGAUCAAGAAGCUCUCCUCCGAUGUCCAGGCUAAGAUCAAGGGUGUUGUGCUCUUCGGUUACACCCGUAACGCCCAGGAGCGCGGCCAGAUCCAGGGCUUCGACAAGUCCAAGACUAAGAUCUACUGUGCCGUUGGAGAUAUGGUCUGCGAUGGUACUCUGAUCAUCACUGCUGCCCACUUCACCUACGUUGCGAACGCUGGCGCCGCUACCAAGUGGCUGGAGUCUAAGUUGGAUUAA